GGCAGGGAGGAAACAGCAGAGGGUCACUGGGGUUUUCCACUGUGUAGGAUGAGAAAAGCCAUGAGAGGUGGGUAAGACAGAGACGGAGGAAACAUCUGUAGUCGGAGACAGCGACAGGAGAACCCGAACCCGAGCGCAGAGCGAGCGGAACAAAUGAACGUGUUGUGAGUUGAGCUCACGAGGACGAGGACGCGCGGAGGGACACACGGCUGCUACGCCUCUGUACUUUAGGACCGGACCGACUGGAACCAGCAGCUCCACGGGCCACGAUGACCGACGAGAAGAACCGGUGCGGUCUCUGUCCUGCAGGUCAAUACCUGGUCAGGUUGUGCAACGGCACCGCGCCAAAUGAGUGCGCCACGUGUAAACCCGGACAGUACACGGCCACGGAGAACGGAUUGAAGUCCUGCCAGAUCUGCGACGACUGCAGAUCCGACAAAAACCUGCAGAUUGUGAAGAACUGCGCGGCGGCGCACAACACGGUGUGCGGCUGCACGGACGGAUUCUACUGCGGCAACGUCAAAUGCGACCACUGCCAGCCGGUGAGAAGCUGCUCCGCGGGCGAAGGCGUCAGGGUGAAAGCCACGCGCACCAGCGACACGGUCUGCGAGCCGUGCCGCGCCGGGACGUACAGCAACGUGACGGACUGGAGCUCCGCGUGUCGGCCGCACGUGAGGUGCGAGGACACUGGGAAGGAGCUGAAGACUGCGGGAACCUCCACAGCCGACGCCGUGUGCCGUGACCGCCAUCCUAAGGUCGGCCCGUGUGGGUGGGAGCUGCCCGCGGGGCUGUGGGCGGGACUCGUGGUGACUGCGAUCCUCCUGCUUGCUGUUGUCAUCUACAGGAAGGCUAAACGCGGAGCACGCCGGGCAGGCAGCACCAGUCACCCCGUUACUCUGGUUAAGCCACUGGACCUGACUUUACCGGCCACGUCACUGGACCUGUCGCUACCAGACCCGAAGGAGAUCUGUUGCUGCCAAGAGAGCUGCGCAGAAUUCAAGCAGCCGCUAACCCAAGAUGAAGAGCUGGUGAGUUGCAGCAUUGACAGCAGCCUUCCCAUCACUCCACUGAAGGCCUCCGUUUCGUUUGCUGAAGCGACCUACACCAAUAAAGGCACGGGAUACUGCCCCGGCCACUUCCUCCGGACCCCGUCCGAGCCACAGGAGGACGAGUGGUGCGGGACAUAACGUUGUUGAUGUUGGGAAACGCACCCGUAGAGUCCAGCUCCCGCACAGAGACGACCUAAAACGUUUUACAAACCCUGUAUGCAUACGUUCUACGAAAGGAAUGGGACGGUGCUGUGGUGCCCCCUGCAGGGCGUCUACGGAACUUCAUCCUAGGAUGUGUCACAUGCCUGCGUAGCAUUUAAGUAAAUGGAACAGCCAAAGAGUAAAGACGUGAGGAACAUAUUGCUGGAGCAGUGUUACUUAGAUAGAAGCUUUACAAGUGAAGGCAGCACAAAGCUGAGCCCAGUUGCUUUCAAAGUAAAAACUAGUAGCAGAUUUAUCCUGUUGUUGUGUAUUACACUGCAUGUGCAGUGCCUUAUCCGUUGUUAUAACACUUUUAUACUUGUCUAUAUAUUUACAGCUGUUUAAUAUAUUUUUAGUGAGAUCAAAUGGGCUGAGGAAUGUUGAGACACUGACUUUUUCUUGUUUUUACACUUUGUUGACCACAUAAAAUAAUGUUUUUUAUGUAAACUUGAGUUUUUGUGAUUUGUAGGAUUUGCUAUUUAACUUAUAUUGUUGCACCAUCUGAUCAGCUUGAGAACUGUAAAUAAAUAAAAAAAACUGUUGAGAUGCAAAAGAAUAAUAAUAAUAAUAAUAAUUAUUAUUAUUAUUAUUAUUAUUACCAUCUAUUAAACUACACAAUGAAUUUAAAUAUUUCUUUACUGAGACAUUCAGGAGCGAUCCCCCCCAUUAACAGACACACAGUGUAACGCAGCGUGUUCAGGAAGCAGCUGUGACACGUCACUGAUGUAGGAUUUGUUUAUAACAUGAUGAAGACAGAUGUGCAAUAUGUUGCAGUUUGCUGGGAAUGUUUACACGGUCAAUUUGCUCUUCACAUCAUCAGUACCGUGACAGAGACAGCCAAGACUGUAAAUCAGUAUUUAACAGAUUCUUAGUCUUGUUCUGAUGUAACUAUUCAUGAUCAUAAUAAAAAUCCUAUAAACCUUUGAA